AUGGUGGUGGGCGUGGCUGCCCACUGUCCUGUGCCCACAGCAAUACUUCAUCCUGCUGAUCCUGACGGAUGGUGUGGUGACCGAUAUGGCAGACACACGGGAGGCCAUUGUGCGUGCGUCGCGCCUGCCCAUGUCCAUCAUUAUUGUGGGCGUGGGCAAUGCCGACUUCACCGACAUGCAAGUCCUAGAUGGCGACGACGGCGUCCUGCGCUCCCCCCGCGGCGAGCCUGCACUCCGUGACAUUGUGCAGUUUGUGCCCUUCCGUGAGCUUAAGAACGCGUCCCCUGCCGCACUGGCCAAGUGCGUGCUGGCUGAGGUGCCCAAGCAGGUGGUCGAAUACUACAGCCACCGGGAGCUGCCUCCGCGUGGCCUGGGCAACCCCCAAGAAGCCGGCCUGGGCGCCACCCCAUAAGGACGGAGAGGCCGGUCAGGCAUGCAUCUGCAGGGCCUGUCGCCAGCACCCUUGGGGGUCCUCAAGCCCACCCAUCUCCCUGAGGCCUCAGACCCUUGCCAGGCCCCACCCAUGGUCCCUGUGACCCUGCUGACUUGGCUUGCAUCUGAAGCCCCCAAGGUGGAAGAGUCCCCCAUGCCUGACCCUGCCUGAGUCGCAUGGGUGUGGGGAGGGGUCCUGAGAGAGAGGAGAGGCCUGGCAGCUCACAGGACCACCCCUGGGAGAAGGGGCGAGGGCGGGGACUCCUCACUGACCCUUAUGGGGAAGGGGUAGCAUGGCAGCACCGUCCUGGGAAGACACCCUGUCCCCACAGUCAGGUUCAUUCCUUUCCUUCCCCACCCUGCCCCCUGCUCUCUGUUGUUCUCUCAGCACCUGGGUCUGUGGGUGGGGGCUUCAGGCAUAAUAAAGUGUCACCUUAUCCUCA